AUGCGGCAUGCUCAAGCUUCCGAUCUAGCUUGGGCGGAGGGCUGACGAGCGCGCUUGGGCAGUAGCGCCAGCCCGGGCAGCGCUCCAGCUCUUUUAGAUCUGGCAGCCUACUACCCAAGCUCAAGUGCCUGGGUGGUACGCGCCUCAGAGCCCUCGGAGGAAGCUUACGGUCUCGAGUGCCCUCAGCCUCCCUCCUACAUCCAUCCACUCUCCUCUCUCCUGGCCACAACAGCGUCCCUCAACUUGCUUCCCACUCCAACCGACCGCACGCAGUCACCUCCUACCAACCUUUCCCGUCUCGCACCCCCAUGUCUGGCUACAAUCAGUAUCCCGGCGCCGGCAGCUACAGCCAGGGCGGCGGCGGCGGUUAUGGGGGUUAUCCCCAGCAGCACCAGCCGCCUCCUCCCCAAGGCUAUUACCAGAACCAGUACGGCACUCCUCCGCCUCAGCAAUACGGCGGCCCGCCUCCUGGACAAUACGGUGGUCCGCCUCCAGGACAGUACGGUGGUCCUCCGCCGGGACAGUAUGGCGGCGGCCCUCCUCCCCAACAAUACGGAGGUCCUCCUCAGCAGUACGGCGGUGGUGGCGGCUACAACCGCUAUCCGCCGCCUCAACAGCCGCCGCCUCAAGGCUACGACUCGUACGGCUACCCGCACGAUGGCCGCGCCGUCGGUGGCUACGGCCAGCCUCACCGCGGCGGUCCUCCUCCGCCAAAUGCGCCGCAGCAGUUUGGUCACGGUGCUCCCGACGGCUACACCUUCCAGUAUUCAAACUGUACGGGAAAGCGCAAGGCCCUCCUCAUCGGCAUCAACUACUUCGGCCAGGACGGCGAGCUCCGCGGAUGCAUCAACGACACCAAGAACCUCUCUGCCUUUCUUUUCGAGCGAUUCGGCUACAAGCGUGAGGAUACGAUCAUCCUCACCGACGACCAGCGCGACCCCAUCAUGAUCCCAACCCGUGCCAACAUCAUCCGCGCCAUGCAGUGGCUUGUCAAGGAUGCCCGCCCCAACGACUCAUUGUUCCUGCACUACUCGGGCCAUGGCGGUCAAACACAGGACCUCGACGGCGACGAAGACGAUGGAUACGAUGAGGUCAUCUAUCCAGUUGACUUUAAGCAGGCCGGCCACUUGGUCGACGACGACAUCCACACCAUCGUCGUCAAGCCCUUGCAGCAAGGUGUCAGACUGACAGCCAUCUUCGACUCGUGUCACUCCGGAUCCGUCCUCGAUUUGCCAUACAGCUACUCCACCAAGGGUGUCCUCAAGGAGCCCAACUUGGCCGCUGAAGCCGGGCAGGGACUUCUGAGCGCGUUUGGCGCAUACGCACGUGGAGAUGUCGGUGGCGUCGCAAAGGAGAUCUUUGGCUUUGCGAAGCAGGCCCUCAGAGGCGAUUCUGGCUACAAGAAGACCAUUGCGACCCGCACAUCUCCAGCCGACGUCAUCAUGUGGUCCGGCAGCAAAGACGACCAGACCUCUGCCGACGCCACGAUCAACUCACAAGCCACUGGCGCCAUGUCGCACGCCUUCAUCCGAGCCCUUAAGCAGGACCCGCAGCAGAGCUACUUGGAGCUGCUCAACAGCAUCAGAGACAUUCUCGAAAACGAGUACUCCCAGAAGCCACAGUUGUCCUCUAGUCAUCCGCUAGACACGAAUCUGCUCUUCAUCAUGUAAAAGGGCGGGGCUAUAGGUACAGGCGGCGAAGAAGUCUGGUAGACUGUGAACCUAGCCUCUUUAAUGACCAAACAAAUAAUCAGUAAUGCAAAUGCAAGAGCAUGGGCGAUUGCAGUGGCAGCUACACGCUGUGACUUGAAUAUCUUGAUGGUAUGGUGCUGUUCAGUGCUAUCUGGCCGAGGACGACGCAGAUGUCCCGUUUCACAGUC